AAGGUUCCAGCCUCGCGUUGCUAUCGCCCAUCAGUGAUUCAGUGCAUCUCUCACGUCACUAUGCGAGCUCUCCUGUCCCGCAUCCACCCGCCCGCGGCCAUCUCCACCACAUCCUUCCUCUCCACCUCCCUCGCGGCCUCCAGAACCCUACCCCCGAGCCCCACCCUCGUCCCGCUCCGCCUCGUCCGCCGCUUCGCCGCCAUGGCCGCCAGCGCCGCGGAGGAGUUUGUGAAGGGCCGCCUCUUCCCGAACGGCGUCGCGGUCAUCACGCUCGACCGCCCCAAGGCCCUCAACGCCAUGAACUUCGAAAUGGAUGUUAGAUACAAGGCACUUCUUGAUGAAUGGGAAACAAAUCCAAGCAUCAAGUGUAUUCUUGUGGAAAGCAGCUCUCCCCGUGCCUUCUCAGCUGGGAUGGAUAUUAAGGGUGUUGCCGCGGAAAUACAAAAGGACAAAAGCACACCACUUGUGCAAAAGGUCUUCACAGCAGAAUACUCUUUGAUUUGCAAGAUACAUGAGUAUGCAAAACCUUAUAUAUGCUUGAUGGAUGGAGUGACGAUGGGAUUUGGAAUUGGUCUAUCAGGACAUGGUCGCUACCGCAUUAUUACUGAGAAGACGCUCCUAGCCAUGCCUGAAAAUGGUAUUGGCCUGUUCCCAGAUGUUGGCUUUGCUUACAUUGGUGCAAAAGCCCCAGGAGCGGGCGCAGUUGGAGCUUACCUUGGAAUUACGGGGAAAAGAAUAUCAUCACCUGCUGAUGCUCUGUUCAUAGGCCUUGGUACUCACUAUGUACCUUCUGGAAAUUUGGGCUCACUGAAGGAAUCCCUCUUGAGUGCUAACUUUACAAAUGAUCCGCAUAGAGACGUUGAGUCAAUCCUGACAGGAUACAAGAAAGAACCAGAAUCUGAGCCACAACUAGAAAAGCUUUUACCACAGAUCAUUUCUUCUUUUGGUCCUGAUAAGUCAGUUGCUGAAUCUGUGGAAGAGCUAAAGAAGUGUAGUCAAAGUGAUGAUGCUGCAGUGGCAGAAUGGGCCAAUGAAGCUUUAGCAGGAAUAAAGAAAGGUGCUCCAUUUUCCCUUUGUUUAACACAGAGGCAUUUCUCUCAAGUUGCAUCUGCGUACGGGAACAGUGAACACUAUUUAUCUAAGCUGGCUGGUGUUAUGAAAUUGGAAUACCGCAUUGCCUUGAGGUCAUCGGUUAGAAAUGAUUUUGUUGAAGGUGUACGUGCUGUUUUAGUUGACAAGGAUCAGAAUCCUAAGUGGAAUCCAGCCACUCUGGAAGAAGUAAACAUGGGUGAGGUUGAAUCAGUUUUUGAGCCAUUAGGUGCUGAGGCUGAGUUGAGUGUGUAAACUUUCCAUGGCAACAUGUAGGACUAUCGCUACAUGAACUUCGGUUCUCUUAUUCAUGGUGCAAUAAGAAACUAUAAACAGAGAUACCUGCCUAUACUGAACCCAUAAAUACUGUUUCUUCAGAAAAUAAUUGAAGUGGUACCGUUUCAUCAAAAUGGUACAUGAGAAUCCAGGUCUGUAGCUUA